GUUUUCACACUGAAUGUGUUGUUGAACUUGUCACCAGCCACUUUGAACUGUGUCUGAGCGGCAGGUCUGAAGGUGUAAUUACUUCACACUUUGCAACAUGGCUGCUGCUGCUGCUGCUGCGGGAGACACCGUGAGAAAAGUUUAACACCGACGUGGGAGAAGUUGGACGCGAGCUGCUGCAUGAGUUGACGCCCGGAGAAGGAAGCGGUCUCCCGGAGCGUGACACCGCCGUCCUCGGGACUCUGUAGCCGGGUGGAGGAGCAGAGUGAGAGCCGCCGCCGCCGCCGCCUCCUGUGUCCCCGCCGACAGACAGGCGGUCACUGCAGUGGACUUCGUGGUGAAACUGGUUCCUCUUCUUCUCCAUCGUUGAGCUGCUGACUCUCCACAGGAGCUGCAAAACAACAUGCAUUUUUCCAUACCUGAAACAGAGGUUCGUUCUGGAGAGAAUGGAUCGACAUAUGUGGCCUACAACAUCCAUGUCAAUGGGGUCCUGCACUGUCGGGUACGCUACAGCCAACUUCUUGGCCUCCACGAACAGAUAAAGAAAGAAUAUGGCAGCAACGUGGUGCCUGCCUUCCCCCCAAAGAAAAUCUUCACACUGACUCCUGCUGAGGUCGAACAGAGACGGGAACAGCUGGAGAAAUACAUGCAGGCUGUGCGUCAGGAUCCGUUGCUUGGAACCAGUGAGAUGUUUAACAGCUUCUUAAGGAAAGCUCAGCAGGAGACGCAGCAGAUUCCCACAGAAGAUGUUGCUCUGGACAUCUGCCUCUCCAAUGGUCAGAAGGUCACUGUCAACAUUCUGACCUCAGAUCAGACGGAGGAUGUCCUGGAUGCUGUUGCGACAAAGCUCGACCUUCCAGACGAUCUUGUUGGUUAUUUCAGUCUCUUCCUCAUUCGUGAGGGUGUGGAUGGAGGUUUAACAUUUGUGCGGAAGCUGCAGGAGUUUGAGCUGCCUUAUGUAUCCAUCACCAGCUUGCGGAGCUCUGAAUUUCACAUACUCCUACGGAAAAGCUAUUGGGACAUGGCAUACGAUGGUGAUGUGAUGGACAACAGAGUCGGCCUGAAUUUGUUAUACGCCCAGACAGUGUCUGACAUUGAGCGAGGCUGGAUACUCGUCAACAAAGACCAGCACAGGCAGCUCAAAUCACUGCAGGAGAAAGGAUCCAAGAAAGAGUUCAUCCAUCUAGGUCAGACGCUCAAAUAUUAUGGCUACAUCAAGUUUGACCCGUGCAUCACCGACUUCCCCGAGAAGGGCUGCCAAGUCAUCGUCAGCGCCGGCAACAACGAGCUCAACUUCCAUGUCAAGCUGCCCAACGAGCAGAUGAAGGAAGGGAGCUUCAAGGUCACGCGCAUGAGGUGUUGGCGAGUCACGUCUUCUCAAGUCCCAAUCGCCAACGGUACAACCAAUCCCUGCAGCUCGGCCAAAUGUGAGGUGAAGCUGGAGCUGGCCUUUGAGUAUCUGAUGAGCAAGGACCGCCUCCAGUGGGUCACCAUCACCAGUCAACAGGCGAUCAUGAUGAGUAUCUGCCUUCAGUCUAUGGUGGAUGAAUUAAUGGUGAAGAAGUCAGGUGGCAGCAUUAAAAAGAUGCUGAGGAAAAGACACAACGGCUCCAUCCACCGAACAGACACUCAGCAAGCUGUGAAAUCUCCCCCUCUGCUGGAGUCCCCCGACCAGAACCGUGAACAAACCGUCAAACUCUCUACCAAGCUGAGCUCGGUGUCUCUCCGAGGGAUCAGCGCCUCCAACUCGGCAAACGACAUCAGUGGCAACGAUUUCCACGGCAACUAUGCUUUUGAGGGAAUCGGGGACGAUGACCUGUAACCCUGACCUCCUCAGAUUCUCCCCCCUCCCCUCUUCAUUCCACUGUCAACAACUGGGAUGACAAAGAUUAUGAGCUGAGCUGAGCCGAGCCGAGCAAAACCACAAACACACUCACGUGUCCGAUUCUGCAAGAUUGUAGCUUCUUCCUGGAGAAAUCGCUGCCUUAAGCUCUCAUGUAAUCGUCAACAGUGUCCUUUCUUUUUAUACUUUUAAAAGCUCAUUUUUAAUUUGCAUUCAGGUAAAAAUCAUCCGAACCAGUUGAACCUUCAACUGUUUUUUUAUUUAACUCGUGGCAGCACACAAUGAAUAGCAUGUAAGACUACAGGUACUCAAACAGAGAUCGUUUCUCUCUGCUACUGCUUCUGUUUCCUUCACACAGAUUACCGUUUCAUAACAGUACGUGUGAAGUUAAAUUCUGAAGUUAGAUUCUCGAGGUACCGUGCAAAACUAAUAUAGUCUGAAUUCCGUGAAGAAAACCUGGAUUCUUCCCCCAGCGGCUGCAUGUUCUUGUCUAACCAGAGAGCCAAAUGUUUAGUCAGACCUGGCACUAGUGAUAAAAGAGCAGAGCUGGACGUGUUGACAUUGAUCUCACAACUAGAUUAUUCAGAGCAACUGCUUGUGUAUGGAUGGUCAAUGGUCGGCUUGGCUAUAUACCAAAAUGUCAUAUUUUUAUACUGUCAGUGAUCCUCAUGCUCUUCACGUGCCAAGUCUGUAAAUAUCUUAAAGGAGACAUAUGAUGCUUUUUCAGUUUCUCUUUCCUCUAGUGUGUUUUUUAGGUUGUUUAUGUGUAAAAAGUUAAAAAGCUCCUGAAGCGCAGGACAAACGUAGGACUCAGAGGUUUCAAUUGAAAUCCCUCAUUUGUUUUGAAUGACGUCAAGCAUUGCCGAGCUGCAUUGUGGUUCCGUUGCCAAGCGCUGCGUAUGUCAAAAGUUGAGCAGAGAGACAGGAGUUAAAAACCAAGCAUUUCAGACGGAGGCUGAAAAGAGGAGCUGCUGCAAUGGAAAGUUUGAGGAAAGCGAACAUUUCAAGUAAUAACCCACAUUAAAAAUCUGAGCAGAAUAUGUCUCCUUUAACAAGAUAGCGGUUGUGUUUUCAUCUUACGUUGGAGGCACAGUCGCUCAUACUGCCUUCAGAAGUCUUCUGAUGCCUUAACUUUUACUUUUUUAUGAUUUUGCCUCGUGGAUUACCUUGUCAUCCAACGUGACGCUGGCUCAAACAUUAAAUAUGCGUCAGACGGUGUUUCCUAGAAUCUUGCAGAACUUGAUAGAUGGUUGAUUUGGCCGAGCUGCUUGCACUUGCUGAACCCAUCGUUUUUGCACAGUAUUACAGGUGGAGAUGAAUGUUCGAGUGGAAGCUUGAGCGCAACAUAAAACAUUUUGUGGAGUUUUGUUUUCCGAGGGGCUCAGUAAAUCCAUCUGUGAUUAUUAUUUUUUUAACCAAUUUUUUAAGGUUUCUCAUUAAUGCCAAAUUAUAGUUUACUAAAGCAUUUUGCACAAAAUAUAAACAACAAAUUAUGACAAUGUCACUUUUUAUAUUAUGUACAUGCAAUUAAGCAUUCUGAACAUUUACUAAUAUCUUUACCAUCAUAGCUUAUUGUAAUCAAAUAGAUCAAAUGUAAUCUAAGCUGUAUAGAACAAAAAGUUUAAGUGGACUAACAUUUAUCGUUGUUUACAUAAUGCUUAGGGGACUUUUUUUUUAUAGUUCGAAUGGAAAGUUUACAAUUUUUGCAUCUGAUUUUCUUUGUCUUGUUCUUGUUGGGCGAGUAACAGUGGAGCAUUGUGAGGGGCUUCAGUUCAUUUGGAAUCUGUGCGUACAUUGUGCCAAUCAUCUCAGAGGACUCAGUGGCUCAUGUGAUCACAAUUGCUGGAGUGAGGAACGUUCAUGGAGGGCAGACAAACAUAUCCCGCUGUCGUUCCAUAUUUUUAUAGCAGUUGUUUCAAGAAAGCUGCAUCUCGGCCUUUGUUGAAGCCUCUAAAUGUAAACCUACGCCCAACCUGUCAGCAGCUUUACUGGUAGCCACAACUGUACACAAAAUGUUGUCGAUAAAAAUGUCUUGUUCUUUCACUGCUGUGCUUCUUCUCCUGUCUGUUUUUUUCCCGUAGAGGAACGUGGACACCAGCCGUCUUUUAUUUUCUCACUUCCUGUCACUAAAUACAUGGAAGCCGCAAGGUCCCGGGUGUUUUUUAAUGUGUAGGUGCCAAAUUACAUGUCGAGUGCAUUAACGACAGCGUCUCUAUUAAACUAAAUGUCAAUUUCAUGAAGAUUCUUUUGACUUGAUUCAUUCCACUGUUCAUCUCUUUGAUUUUAUUGGUAAGGUCGGUAACAACUGUCCAGUCUGUUUGUCAUGAUGCUAAAAUAAAUUCUGAAAUGAGACGA